AACAAAAGCUAAAGCAUCAUUUGAGUUUUAAACACAAAACUGAAAAGAUAUCAAACACAUAGAAAAAGUUUUCUAAAAAUUAUCUUUCAUAAUAUCAGCAAAAAUUUUUGGUGUCAAUGAAUAACCGCGCCGACACUAAAGCCAAGUUAAACGCUAAUUUGAGUCUCUCCAAACAUUUGUCUUCCAAAAAAGGUUCAAGAACCUCGAACUGCGGUAACCGCCUGGAAUUUGCCGUUCUAACUCUCAUACAAAACGUUCCCUGAUUUACUUAACCAACGUUAAACCAACAAUUAUCAAAAUGGUCCACAAAAAUCGUUCUUCCCGCAAAUCAUGCCCCGUCAUGGAUGUCAGCCCAUUACGUCAUUCAUUAACUGCUUCAGUCAAUAAAUAUGAAUUGUCAUCUAGUCCACGCAUUGGCUAUAAACUAGAGGUGCCAACCCGUCCCUUGGGUAGCUCUGGAUCUUCAUCGAAUCAAUGGCAUUACAAUAACAUGAUCAUGAACAAUCGUCAAGAGUUCAAUAAUUUACAUUUCUGCUAAAACAUUUCAUUGGUGUUCGGCAAUCUUCGUACAUUAAUUUAAAUAAUAAAUGAAAUAAUAAUCGUUUGAUAAAAAAA